AUCCCUUGUCUAUGUAACAACAAUAGCAACAAGUAGACAGCUGGGAGGAUGGAUGCUGCGAUAUCCAUCCUUUUCUCAUGUAAACAGUUGCGGUUUAUGUUUAAAAUAUGAAUUUGUAACAUUUUUAUGUAAAAUUUGGAUUUGUGGAAAGUUUGUGUUUGUGAUUUUGUUAAAACAUGGAUGAGUCCGGCAUUGAUAUGGGAUACGAUCUCGCGUCCCUCUUAACAAAUGAUUUUAAUGUGGACCAGAAGAUUUUAGAAGAGAUGACUACGGCCCAGCAUCACCAAGAUUUUAUGUUCUACGAGCUCAAAUCUAAAGCUGUCCCAGUAACAGAAAGCCCGCCCACAUUCAAGACGCUCACGCCGACGUCACGCACACAGCUAAAGCAACAGUUGAUGCGAGAGCAUGCGCAGGAGCAGCUGCGCAGGGAAUCUUUACAGGCACAACAAGCAGGUCAGUCGAAGGAGAAUGGAGAAGAGAAGAAGAAGUCGAGUCCAGCGGAGGUGCCGAGGAUCACGCCACACGUGGAACUGCCGCCACAGGUGUUGCAGGUGCGAACAGUUCUGGAGAACCCCACUAGGUAUCACGUGAUCCAGAAGCAGAAGAACCAGGUGCGACAGUAUCUCAGUGAAUCGUUUACUCCACAAGGCCAGGUAUCCUCAAAUGGCCGUAGUGCGCCUGCGCAGUCAGCGCCAGAACUCAGACGAAAUAAUUCGCCAGACCGAGCAUCCUCGUCUGGUCUCAUGAGUCCUGGCAUGUGCUCUGGUGGUGGUAACUCUGAAACAGACGAGUUCCUCGAGGAUAUCCUAUCCCUGGAUGGAGGGGCGGGUCCCCUCUCAUCAUCAGAACCUGCGUCCACCGCCAGUUCGGUGGCUGGUGAUUGUGCGCUGCUCACAGAUGCAGAUAUGCACGCGCUGGCUAAGGACAGACAGAAGAAGGACAAUCAUAAUAUGAUCGAACGCCGGCGUCGUUUCAACAUAAACGACCGCAUCAAAGAGUUAGGGACCCUCCUGCCCAAGACCAAUGAUCCCUUUUACGAAGUGAUACGUGACGUCAGACCGAACAAAGGAACGAUACUUAAGAGCAGUGUGGACUAUAUCAAGUGUCUUCGCGAUGAAGUAAAUAGGCUCAAGCAGAGCGAACAGAGAAGAAAGCAGAUAGAACUGCAUAAUAGGAAACUUAUGUUGAGGAUACAGGAACUAGAGCGUCUAGCCAAACUGCACGGUUUGCCCAUAAACAGCGAGGGUUAUUCGUCCCCGCACGCGGAGGAUUCAGGAGUUGAUACUGCGCCCUCAGAGCCCUUCGCUUCACCAGCUAGAACUCAGCAGCAAACAAUGAGCCAACAAAUGCUAGGCCAUGGCUGGUCGUCCCCGCACUCGACGGACUCCGGUAUAAAAAGCACGCCCGAACCUUACGCCUCGCCUGCGAGAACGCAGCCUGACGUAAUGGUACCGAAAUCGGAACCAGCCCCUCUUAUGGAGUUAAGCGACCCGCCGCCGGACCUCUUGAGAGACACGCCCGCUGGUGAACCGCUUUCCGCUUUGGAUGCGCUAGAUGGUCUAAAACUAGGCUCGUGUUCGCCGCUCAGUCGAUCAGACGGUUUAUCCCUCGACUGUCUGGAGCCAGACCUUUGCCUGGAGCCCGUGCCAGAACAUCUGUUUAAUCAUAAGGAUAUUAAGAUGCGACUAUCACCGCCGCCGGGUUUGCUCAGCGGGGAAGAGAGCGAGGCGGUACUCAACUUGGCGCAAAUAGAAGAUCUCAUGGACGACGAUUCGCACAAUCCCGUCACGCAAGGCGACCCAAUGCUAUGUUCCUCCCCAACCUCCCAACUGGGUCUAAGCGCGGCGGUCGCAGAUGCUGCAGACCGAGCACUACUACAUAUCGACCUGUCUUCGCAUCAUACAGACUCGUCCCUACUGGGGGACAGUUCGCUGGGCGUGGGCAGCGGGCUGGGCGACAGCUCGCUGCCGCUGCUGCUGGGGCACCACCACGCGCCGCACCACUCGCACUCGCACGCGCACCACUGCUUCGACAUGGACCUCGGCGCGUAGUGUGCACCCGCCCUAAGGGCUACUAGACGUGUGGGGAGUGUGUACCAGCCUUGAUAUGUACUAGACGUGUGAGUGUGUGCGCUCGCCCUAAUGUGUACUAGACGUGUGGGGAGUGUGUACCCGCUCUAAUAUGUACUAGACGUGUGUGUGCACCCGCCCUAAGGGCUACUAGACGUGUGGGGAGUGUGUACCAGCCUUGAUAUGUACUAGACGUGUGAAUGUGUGCGCUCGCCCUAAUAAGUACUAGAUGUGUGGGGGUGUGCACCCGCCCUAAUGGGUAC